GGGCGCAUAGAGGAGCCGAUGAGAACCAUGACGAAAUCAUCCGAAGCUACUUUUUUCCCAACAUGCCUCGAAAUAAUUUUAUUGCUUAUGUGGACGAUCGUGUCAAGUCAGGCCCAGAAACUUGCAAUACGAAAUUUACAAAACGACCCAUUACUACUCAUAAAGGAAAGUGCGUGUAAAAUCCAAAUAGGUACAAUAAAAAUAAUCCACCCUAUAAACCUUACAUCCAUUGAAGAAGCAGCAGAAAUUUUGGUUAGAUCGUCUCAUCAAAAUAAUGUCAAUACUAACCCAUUAAUAAGCACUCUAAAAUACAAAACCAAAAAGCUGUACGCUAACCUUUAUCAGCUGAAACCACAAGGACAUCGCCGAUCGAGAAGAUGGAACUCUAUCGGAACCGUAUGGAAAUGGAUUGCCGGUACUCCAGAUGCUUCUGAUCUUCAAGCUAUAAACACCACCAUGAAUGACUUAAUAGACCAAAAUAACCAACAAUUUAGGAUAAACCAGAAUAUCAACGAUCGGAUACAGCAACUAACCCAUGCCAUCAAAGAUAUUACAACACAAGCCAAUCUAAACGAUUUGAUGAUGAACGAUGUGGAAAUAAUAACUUCAAUCCUAAACGUUGACAUUUUAAACAAUAUGCUCGAAGACAUCCAGGAUGCGGUCAUGUUGUCGAAAAUGUCCAUCACCAGCAACAAAAUACUUUCUAUUCGGGAAAUACUCAUAAUAAAAGGAUUACUACAUGACCAAGGAGUAAACAUAGACUUACCAGAUGAGGCAUUACAUGCAAACGCCGUCAUCAUCACGAACCCUCUGUACAUCACCGGCACCAUCGUCAAGAAGGCCGCUACCAGCGGUACCAGGUCGUUGCCGUCGCUAUCUGUGCAAGGUCGCCGCCAACGUCAAGAACGCCGCCGGCUGUAUAAGGUCGCCGCCCUUAGUACACAACCGACACCACCGUUUAGAAAGUCGCCCUCGGUACAUAAACGCCGCCGCCUGUUCCAGGCCGCCGCCACCACGAACAACCAACAGACCACUACCGGCCACCAACCGAAAGUAUACCCUAGUGUUAGUGACGUCCUUAGGGCCCGAUAG